AUUUGACUACAGUACAAACAUGUUUAUACACAAUUUAUGGACUAGCGUAUACCUGGAUUGCCUCUACUUUUGGGAUAUUCCAGUAAUGUAAAUAGACCCUCAGGCUCAAAACAUCAGUAUCAUGCAAAGGAAAACAGAAAAUUUAUUAUAUUUGACUGUCCGUUAAUUGAGGGAGAAAAUGUUUACUCAUUGUUUAAUUAUAGGUUAAUAACUCACUUAAAAUCAAAUGAGGCAGUUUGAAAUGUAGAAUUUGUUUUAGCUCAUGACAGACAGUAUCUUUAAUUAAUUGUUUAAUGUUUAUAUUUAAUUGAAUUCACAGAGAGCUAAACACAAAUUUCUAGAUUUUAACUUGGAAUUUUUAUUUCAGUUAGAUAACUCUUUAGUAACACUCAGUAGGCCUAAAUUGGCUGGACCUAGCAUUUAUGGAGUAGGCCUCAUCUACUUGUAACCACUUCUAGGAUGGUGGAUAGGCCACCUCACCCACAAGCUUUGCUUUGAAAAGGUAUUGCAUAUUUAUUUCAGUAAAACAAGAUGGCUGGAAUAAUUCGUAAAUUGGAUGAAACGGUUGUGAAUAGAAUUGCAGCUGGAGAAGUGAUCCAGAGGCCAGCAAAUGCACUAAAAGAAAUGAUUGAAAAUUGUCUGGAUGCUAAAUCCACCAGUAUUCAGGUAACUGUCAAAGCUGGUGGCCUAAAAUUUCUUCAAAUCCAAGAUAAUGGAUCAGGGAUUCGGAAAGAAGAUAUGGAAAUAGUUUGUGAGCGAUUUACAACAAGUAAAUUGAGAAAUUUUGAAGACUUAACCAGCAUCUCAACUUAUGGCUUUCGAGGAGAGGCCCUUGCAAGUAUCAGCCAUGUGGCUCAUGUCACUAUAACAACCAAAACACAAGAUUCCAAGUGUGCUUACAAAGGGUCAUAUUUGGAUGGUAAACUAAAAUCUGUGAUUAAACCUUGUGCUGGAAAUAAAGGCACCCAGAUUACGGUAGAAGAUCUCUUUUACAAUAUUGCUACAAGAAGGAAAGCAUUAAAAAGCCCAAGUGAAGAACAUGCUAAAGUUACAGAAGUAGUCAGCAAGUAUGCUAUCCAUAACUCGGGUGUCAGCUUCACUCUUAAAAAGCAAGGAGAAAGCAGUGCCGAUGUCCGUACUUCUCAGAAUGCCACCAUUGUUGACAACAUCAGAAUUAUCUACGGACCAUCUGUUGCUAGAGAACUUAUGGAAAUAUCCCAAGAAAAUCCGAAAUUAGGAUACAAGUUGAAAGGUCACAUCACAAAUGCCAAUUAUUCAGUGAAGAAAUGCAUCUUUUUGUUGUUUAUCAACCAUCGUUUGGUUGACUGCUCAUCAUUAAAGAAGGCAAUUGAGACUGUAUACGCUGCUUACCUGCCUAAACACAUGCACCCUUUUAUGUACAUGAGUUUAAACAUCAAUCCUGCAAAUAUUGAUGUGAAUGUCCAUCCUACUAAAUACGAGGUACACUUCUUGCAUGAGAGCGCUAUCAUUGAGGACAUACAAAAAUGCGUAGAACAGAAACUUAUCGGCUGCAAUGUUUCUAGAACAUUCUUUGCCCAGACUCUUUUACCUGGAUCUCAGAUAAAUGUUAAGGAGGUCACUAAGAGUUCAGAAGAUCAACCAGGAUGUAGUUCAAAGGACAAGGUUUAUGCGCAUCAGAUGGUACGCACUGAUGAUAAGUUACAAAAGCUUGAUGCAUUCCUGAGUGCAGAGAAAUCAAGUAUGCAAGUUACACAACCAACAAAUGAAAAAAAGGACACCCCUGUUAUUUCAGAUAACUGCUCUAGCAAAAAAGAUGACUUCCCUAUUAACAAAGAUGGUUACCCUAGCAAUAGAGGUAGUCAACUAGAUAGAGUUGAUAAUCCUAUAACUAGCAGAAAAAGACCACAUGAGCUUUGUGAAGAAGACAAUGAUAAAGAACUGCAUGGUGGUAGUAGUUGCAAAAGCAGUGGCACUUCCUUGCAGGAUGCACCAGUGCUGAAUGAUCUACGCAACCGAUCACAUCAUCAUCCAAUCCGCCUAACAAGCGUUUUACAGUUACAGCAAGACGUAGAGGAUAAAUUACAUAAAGGUCUGCGAGAAAUUAUCAAGCACCACACGUUUGUUGGGUGUGUCUCAUCCCAGCAUGCAUUGCUACAACACCAAACCAAACUUUACCUUGUAGAUACAGCAAAGCUAAGCAAGGAGCUGUUUCAUCAACUCCUGUUAUUUGAUUUUGGCAACUUUGGCUUUAUGAGGCUUUCUAUGCCAGCAUCUAUACAUGACCUAGCAUUGUUAGCAUUAGACUCUGACAAAAGUGGUUGGACAGAAGCUGAUGGAACCAAGGAGGAGUUGGCCAAAUACAUUACCGACCUUCUAUCAUCGAACGCUGACAUGUUAAGGGACUACUUCUCUAUUGAUAUCAACAAGGAAGAGAUGUUAUGUUCUUUACCGUUGCUACUUGAUAACUACGUACCUGCUUUGCAAGGUCUACCAAUGUUUAUCCUUAGACUUGCCACUGAAGUUUGUUGGGAUAGUGAGAAAGAAUGCUUUGAUACAUUUUGCAAGGAGUGCAGUACAUUUUAUGCUGUACAAAAGAACCUGCCCAUGAGUGAAAGUCAGAAGGAAAGGAGCGAUGAUUUCCCAUCAUACAACUGGAAGUGGACUAUUGAGCAUGUUGUUUAUCCAGCAUUGCGAGAUCUUCUUAUCCCUCCCCAUAGCUUUAUUGAGAAUGCCAGUGUUUUACAAAUCGCCAAUCUACCUGAUCUUUAUAAAGUAUUUGAGCGUUGCUGACCCAACUGUCUAACUGCCUUUUUUUUAUUCUAUGCAAGAAUAAUGUACUUCAAUGGAAACUAUGUCUGGAAAACAGUUUUAUUACAGGAGUGAGUUUUGACACAGUUUAGAGGAAACAAUGAUUUUUAAUAAGAACCAUAAGAAUUGUGGUUUUAGCUGUUGUUAUGUACAAAAUUAAAAACAAUAUAAUUGUUUCAGUUCAUGUAUUACAUACUAGAGUGCCUAUUUUUAUUAUUGAUCUUGCAAUCAAUUUAUUUACUUUUUUGUGUUCUGUCAACCUGACAAUAAUGUAAAUUAAAGAA